UGUAGCUCCAGCCGCGGAGUCUGCUGGUUGAUCCAGUCCGCCGUAGCGCUGCCGACUGGAGGGAUGUGACCCCGGAAAAGGACGCCCUGCUAAUACAAAAACACCCCAUUCAAACAGAUCACACACGAAAGUAAAGCUGGAACAGGAGGGAGCCACAGGAGCAGAGGGGAUGAACCGCGAGGAGGCGCCGGGGAAGUCUCCAGAAGACAUGUACAUCCAACAGAAAGUGCGGGUCCUGCUCAUGCUUAAAAAAAUGGGUUCAAAUCUUACGCCGAGUGAAGAGGCUUUUCUCCGGAGUUACGCAGGUGUGGUCCACAGUCAGAUGAGCCAGCUACCGCAGCACAAUAUAGACCAGGGUGCAGAGGACGUGGUGAUGGCGUUCUCGCGAUCAGAGACAGAAGACCGACGACAGUGACCCAGGCCUCUACACAAAGACCCACUACCCCGCCCGGCACAUGAUCCACAACAACAUCCAACUCCACAAACACAACACUGAUGAGCUCAGGAGAAAAGGGGCGCCUGCAGGAGGCAGAGGAGGAGGAGGAGACGCACUACACACCGCCGCCGGGCUCUCCGCCCGGACUCUUUCAUCCUGCCCCUUCCCCACACAAAGAUGGCACAACGUCACCUGAGAUGCACUCGAGCAGGUCACUGUGGGCUCCAGCCUUGGCGAUAAGGCGAUCUGUGAAAACACUCACAAAUUGGAUAAUUGAUGGGGUUUUUUGGGGUGGGGGGGGGACAUAGAAGGUUGAUUUUGUAACGUUCUGUUCGCGUCGAGGUGUUAGGCUAUGUUACAUGUUAUGUCUGCUGCGGUCACUGAGGUGGACCUGUCAACAGCUGACUCGAAGCGAAGAAAUUUCUAGUUUCCGGUCGAGCUGCAGAGGUGAUAAUUAAUGGUGUUAGGAGAGAGAUUUUACAAAUAUUUCUGCUUUUCAAUGGCCUGCAGUUAGUUUUGGGUUUAGCUGUUGUGCUUUGUGUUGUUAAAGAGGGGCCUCAUUCAUUACGACCUUUCUGAUGGAACAGCAGGUUUAGAGGUGCAGGCGUUACACCAGUGUCUCAGGAUCCACGAUGGGGCUCAGUUUUACUAUUUACUAUCUUAUCUCAUUCGGUCGCCCAUAAGUUGGAGCUGGUUGUUUAAACAUCAAACGUUUGCAGACAUGAUGCAGGAAUAAUUUCUUAAAAAUUACCGCAUGUUGCAUGAAAUCACAUCGGUGUUUGAAGACAUGAUGCUUCUGUUAGCACGGUCUUGAAUUUUAUUUAUUCUCUCUCCAUAUCAGAUUAUGGCCUGUUUAUGGGGCCCGCUUUUUAGUUGCAAAAUCCAGAUAAGCUCAUCCAUAGCGAGGCAUCGAUCCCUGACCUUCAUCCGCUGCUUCACUCGGCUCCAUCCAUGCCCCGGUCUCCAGUGUCGGGUGCAGCUGAAUCACGCUCUGCUGCUGUCUGUUUUCUGAGAAGAAAAACAACGACGCCGAAGCGAAUCAUCGUAUGAUCUGUAGUAUUUCUGACAAGGUGUCGGCAGGCUGAUGGAUCAGAGUAUCCGUCGUUCGUGUUCGCAGUGUGAGGUAGUCUCCUGGAUCAGUCAUUGUCUGUUUAUACAUGGGGAAAUACCUGAAGGUCUUUGUUUAAAUCUGAAUGUGUGCAUGGAGAGUGUGUGCAGCAUCUAAAUCAUGAGGCCCCAUUUAUUAUUCAUCUUUCUGCUGCUGCCUUCUUUAUUUCCGUCAGUGUUUUUUUUUUAUCAUGAGGGAUUUGUCAGAAAUUGGAGACACUACCGGACAUAAUCAAAUGAAACAUGAAACACAGGUGUAAACAUCCUUUCCAUUGUUUGUUUUUUGACUCCUUGUGACAAGUAAAACUUUAAUAUAAUAGUUGUUUUUUUUUAUUGUACGUACAGCUGGAGACGUAGGAAGAAUGACUUCCGUGUGCCAAUCAUGUUUUCUUAAAACAAACUGUGGAUGUAAUUUAUUGUUUUCUGAAUUGACGCAUUUUUAUUUUCACUAAAUCAGGAAUCGGGAGUCGCUCUCUAAUUUAACCAGCAAGCAGCGGCUCGUUGUUCACACUAAAUUCACACAAACUCUAACUUUUAACUAACUGUAAUCAAACCCAUGACGGGAAACAUUAGAACGGUGUGCUGUUUUUAACCGUACUGUAUCUCUUGCACUAUUAUCAGCGGGAUAUUUGUUUAAAAAAAAAGUUUUACUAUCUAGCACAAAGAUUAUUUGUUUGAUUCACUGCGGGGUGAAAAAUGCGUUUGUAAAUGUGUUUAUUUCUUUGUCAUUUACAAAAAAUAAAAAACCAAGUUAAAUCUUUAAUCGAUGCAGCUGGACUUUGAAAAGACGAGUAUCUGUGUAACAACAAGGCGUAUGUCCUUAUUUAAUUUGUUUUAAAUCAUGUCUGCCUCGUGGUUUUUCAUGUUUAUUCAGCCGUGUCGCGAUGACCAUUGUUUGUACCUUGGUGGUAUUUGUGGAAGUUGUCAGUUUAUUUUUUAUUUUUUUAUGUAUGAGUGUUGUUGGCAAUAAGUUCAAACUGAAUGUCCUCAACAAUCAUUGCCAUGUAAACAGCCAACAGGUCUGUGUCUGUAUUUUAUGUUUACUUUAUUAUAAAACAUUCUUUAUUUGUCUCUAUGCAUUAUUUUUUUCUAAGGUGUCUUACUGUACAUUGUACCCAUCAGGGUUGUACUGUAGCCUUGGAUCGAGUUAUGAAUGUCUAAGUGUGUGUGUGUGUGUGUGUGUGAGUGAGAGAGAGAGUAAUAUCCUCAUUGAACUUAAAAACUCCCUGUUUUUGAUUUUCAGCAUGCUGUUAAGUGGAGGGCAGGAGUGUGUAUCUACUUACUGUGACCUGAUGUGGCUUAAUUGUGCUUUUAUUUUUGUUUUUUGUCUCGACCUUGUAUUUUAUUUUAUUUUCCUUCCCAGUCUUCGUUGAUUAGUUGGUUUCUUUUUGAUUUUUGUAUGGCUGCUGACCAUACUGCCCUAAUGCUUCCAAAUCCAACUGAACCAUUAAAGAACUUUUAAAAAGCAAA